GUUCUGGUCAAGGAUCACGUGAGCGUCACUACCCAGCUCAGAGCCAGCUGACCUGCGUCACGUGACCACCAGUCUCCAGCAUGCGAUGCCUGGUCCGCGCGCACGCGCACGAGAUAGAAUUUAGCGAGGCUAAGCUGUUAGCUUCAACUGCCUACUUGACGGCCGAGAUGAGUUUCCUGGGGGGUUUGUUUGGGCCUGUGUGUGAGAUUGAUGUGCUGCUCAACGAUGCUGAGAGCCGGAAGAUGGCUGAACUCAAGACAGAAGAUGGAAAGAUGGAGAAACAUUAUAUGUUCUAUGAUGGAGAAUCUGUGUCUGGCAAGGUGAAUCUAAAUGUGAAGCAGGGAGGAAAACGACUGGAGCAUCAGGGCAUCCGCAUUGAGUUUGUUGGACAGAUCGAACUGUUCUCGGACAAAAGCAACACCCAUGAGUUUGUGGAUCUGGUGAAAGAGUUAGCAUUGCCGGGAGAGCUCACGCAGAACCGAAGCUACGACUUUGAGUUCAUGCAGGUGGAGAAGCCCUAUGAGUCGUACACGGGCGCUAACGUCAGACUAAGGUAUUUUCUCAGGGUGACAAUAGUUCGUCGACUGUCAGAUCUAGUGAAGGAGUACGAGCUGAUUGUUCACCAGCUGGCCACCUACCCAGACGUCAACAACUCUAUUAAGAUGGAAGUCGGCAUCGAAGACUGCCUUCACAUCGAGUUUGAAUACAAUAAAUCCAAGUACCACUUAAAGGAUGUCAUUGUCGGGAAGAUUUACUUUUUGCUGGUCAGGAUCAAGAUCCAGCACAUGGAGCUGCAGCUCAUUAAGAAGGAGAUAACAGGCAUAGGACCCAGUACGACCACGGAGACGGAUACAGUUGCAAAGUAUGAGAUCAUGGAUGGGGCACCAGUUAAAGGAGAAUCGAUUCCUAUCAGACUCUUUCUGGCAGGGUACGACUUGACAGCCACCAUGCGGGACGUCAACAAGAAGUUCUCUGUACGUUACUUCCUGAAUCUAGUGUUGGUGGAUGAAGAAGAUAGAAGAUACUUUAAGCAGCAGGAGAUCGUUUUGUGGAGGAAAGCCCCAGAGAAGAUGAGAAAACGAAACUUCCUCCAGCGCUAUGAGUCUCCUGAUUCCCAAACUCAGCCUGUUGAUGCGGAGCAGCCCGAGAUGUGAGGGCGAGUGAGGCUAUGAACUGAAAAUACGCACACGCACGCACACACACACACACACACACAACCGGACUUCACUGCUGAGCAGUCAGACAUGUGAUAGCUGCCCCACUGUCUGCUUGAACCUGACAUGAACACACACUCAAUGACAUCUCUGUCACCUCAGCGACACACAUGAGCUGUCCUUCUGCUAGCAUGCAGUACCAUCACACUCUUAUUUGGACGCACGAGCACAUGUUCUGCCGAAUGCCUGACAACACGCAGACAUGACAAGGACAAAGAAGACAGCAACCGCUUACGCCUUCUUUGCUAACAGGAUUUCAUUCGCUUGCAUCAUCUGGUGUGGAACCAGCCACUACUACGCAAUGCUGUUUUUCCAGUCUGAUGGACACACACAUAUACUGUGCUUUAUUACAAUUUGUCACCCACCAUGGACACUACGGCACUCUUGGUGAGCCAUCUUGUAGGGUGACACUGUCACCAGUAAGCAUAUCUUGUAAAAAAGUUGCUCUUACUUUGGAACUGAGAAUCAAAUGCCCAUCAUUGGUUUUUAAUUAUGUAAUUUGUUUCCAGUUUCAUCAAGAAUUUUCAGCUUGUAAUCCUGAAUGUUCUUUCUGAUGACGCUACUUUAUAGAUACAAUACAUUUCAAGGUUUAAAGGUAUUUCACGCGGUUUACACAGUUUUGGGUCGCUGUCAGGAAUUACGUCAAGAGUUUUACGGCAGAGUAUCCACUGAUUCUAAGGUCUCUGAGUAAUUUGUUGGACUUCUUUGGUCUGCAUCUGCUCUCACCUAGACAUACCUGGCAGUUUUUAUUUGCGUGUGCGCCUAAUGUUUUCGGUUAAUACCAUUCAAUGUAAUCUGCUCACGUCUGUUGUUGCAGUCCUCAAAAUUCAGCACUGUAUUUCACUGUGAUACUUUCAUUUAAACGGUUGUACGAUGUCAGCAAACCCAUUUGAUGGGGAAUUAGCACAUAAGCUCGGUGUUGCACAAAGGUGCUAAAUGUCCACUUUAUCUGCAACCGUAAACUCAGUUGCCAUUUAUAUACUGUAUUGCAUAAUGAUUUAAUUGGAAUUUUGUGUUUGUCGCAUGUGCAAAGUCACGACUCCAUGAGUUUCAUAAACGUAUUUGUCUCUCCACUCACCAGUUGAAUAUGGCUCUUAUUCUCAACUUUUGGGAACCAUUUAUUUCAGAUUUAUUUUCUUGCUGCCAUACUCCCAUUUAUUUAUUUCUAAUCAGGUGAUAUGUUUAUCCUUUAAAUACCUGCAUAGAUAAAGAAAACACCGUCCUCCCCUAUUUGCAUGGUGUCUUACAACAACAAACCACAAGAACAGUAUGUGCGUAUGUACAGAAUUAAUCCCUUAAAAACUGAAAUAAAUAAAGCAAAUUUAUAUUGACAGUUA